UUGACUUCCUGUUGACUGGGGAACACAGAGGGGUAGAUAGUCCUCAGCCUUCCCCCAUCGCUCUAACUACACCCUCCAGCCCAGAGCCUGGCCUCCAGAGAUACUCCAGCAGCAUGACGGAGCAGCUCCACACGCUCGGCUGUUCCUCCAAGUCGUUCAAGCUGUACUCCCCAAAGGAGCCCCCGAACGGAAGCGCUUUCCCUCCCUUCCACCCCGGCACCAUGCUGGACAGAGACGUGGGCCCGACGCCCAUGUAUCCCCCCACAUACCUGGAGCCGGGCAUCGGGAGACACACACCUUAUGGGAAUCAGACAGACUACAGGAUAUUUGAACUCAAUAAGCGGCUUCAGAACUGGACAGAGGAGUGUGAUAAUCUGUGGUGGGAUGCUUUCACUACUGAAUUCUUUGAGGAUGACGCUAUGCUCACCAUCACGUUUUGUCUGGAGGACGGUCCUAAACGAUACACGAUCGGCCGGACGCUGAUCCCUCGUUACUUCAGGAGUGUGUUUGAAGGCGGCGCCACUGAGCUCUACUACAUUCUCAAGCACCCGAAAGAGUCCUUCCACAACAACUUUGUGUCUCUGGACUGUGAUCAGUGUACGAUGGUCACGCAGAACGGCAAACCCAUGUUCACGCAGGUGUGUGUGGAGGGCCGUCUGUACCUGGAGUUCAUGUUCGAUGACAUGAUGAGAAUAAAGACGUGGCAUUUCAGCAUCCGGCAGCACAGAGAGCUGAUUCCCCGCAGCAUCCUGGCCAUGCAUGCUCAGGACCCGCAGAUGUUGGAUCAGCUGUCCAAAAACAUCACCAGAUGCGGCCUGUCGAACUCCACCCUCAACUACCUCCGAUUGUGUGUGAUCCUGGAGCCCAUGCAGGAGCUGAUGUCCAGACACAAGACGUACAGCCUGAGUCCCCGAGACUGUCUGAAGACGUGUCUGUUCCAGAAGUGGCAGAGGAUGGUCGCUCCUCCAGCUGAACCGGCCAGACAGGCACCGAGCAAGCGGCGGAAGCGCAAGAUGUCGGGCGGCAGCACCAUGAGCGCCGGCGGAGGCUCCAAUAACAACAGCAACAGCAAGAAGAAGAGCCCAGCAAACAGCUUCCCGCUGUCCAGUCAGGUCCCAGACGUGAUGGUGGUGGGCGAGCCCACGCUGAUGGGCGGGGAGUUCGGGGACGAGGACGAGCGUCUGAUCACGCGGCUGGAGAACACGCAGUUCGACGCGGCUAACGGCAUCGACGACGAGGACAGCUUUAACAACUCGCCCGCGCUCGGAGCCAACAGCCCCUGGAACAACAAGCCUCCGUCCAGCCAGGAGGGCAAGAACGACAACCCCACCUCGCAGGCGUCUCAGUGAGGGGCGGGGCCGGGGGCGGGGCCAGGGGAGAGAGGGGUGCGGCCGACUCGUUCAUCUACCUGCGGCGGCCGGUCUUCCUGUCGGAGGAGGAAGUGACCCUGAGCGCCGCGCCGCAGCAGAAGCCGUUUGCUCCACACAGGACAGUUUUUAUCCACACUCCUGGUUUUGUUGGUGAUUUUACAAGGAGCCUGUAGAUAGUUCAUAUGUUUAAGUUAAGACGAAGCGGAGAGAUCUGACCACGUAAAACGCCAACAAGACCAAGAAACAUCCAGCUCCUGUUUCACUCACAAGAAAUGACAUUUUGCAUGAGGAAAAUUUAUACUGUUUUGUAUUGAAGCUUGUUUCUGCCACUGAAUAAAAAUUUAAAAAAGGUAAUUGCAGCUUUUUAGCUCCCAACUUUUUCUCUCAGAAUUGCUUUUUUUUUUUUCUUGCAUUUUUUUUAUCACAAUUCUGAUUUUUUUUUUUGCAUGUAGUUUUGACGUCUUGCAACAGCAAAUUAAUCACAUUUCUGAUCUUUUUCCUGACGCAAUUUUUUUUUUUAAUUCAAUUUCUUUUUUUUGCAGUAGUUGCAUUUUUAUCUCAAUUCUGACUUUUUCGUUUACAAUUCUCUCAAUUGAUAUAAAAAUUAAAUAUAUAAAUAUGGUUAUAUAUAAACUAAAAUAGUAAGAAACCAGUCUUUUUCCUCUCCGUUGGACUUCAUUGUUUGCAACACAGUCUGAAUAGUCGCAAUUACCUUUUUAAUUUUUGAAUGAGCUUCUCAGUUUCGUUACUGUAUUGCAACGAGAGCGUUUUUUUUUUUAAAAUGUGAAUCCGCAUCAAUCGAAACCCCACCGUUCCCGUCUUGCAUCACAGUAACGAGGACUUCCUGAGAAAUGUCGAGCGCUGGUUUUAAAGGAUGGCAUUUUCUUUUCAGCAGAAUGUCGUUUCUUAUGUUUGGAGUAAGACGUCUCACAGCAGAUUAAUUUUCAGCCUCACAUCUUCCUCUGAUCGCCGGAGGAUGUUUAAUAUCACAUGAAGAGCGUUUCGACUCGGACGCGUUUUGGAGAAUUUUAUCCGUGUUUUAUACCAGCCUCUAUUUCCCUAGAAUGUUUUUUUUUUUUUGUUGUUUUGGUUUCUUUUUCUUUUUUUUACUGACGUUGAAAGCUGCAAACCAAGGAGUAACAGAACCGUGGAGGUCCUUAAAGAUUUCAAGCCUCAGAUUCUAUUGGUUUGUCUUAUUUUUAAAGAGAGUCGUUUAGCGUGGGCUUUGAUUGAUUUCUGUGUACUUGUGCUUGUAUAUUUAAGGUAGUAGCAGAGUUCUGUAUAACUGUAUUGAGAUGUAUUCCUCCUUAGAGUUACAUAAAGCCAUUCUGAUCUAAUGUGUAAAAAAAAAAAAAAAAAAGGAAAAAAAAAGAAAAACGUGAAAGAUGAAAACACACCAACCUCGUCUUUUCCCCUCUUGAUUAUUUUUUUACUUUGCAUACGACUGAUGGAGUGAAAUCAAGGGCACGGUCUGUUUGUUGCCUGAUCGUUUCAGAUUUUGAUCACAGAAGACUUCAGUGUUCGUUCUCGUCGUCAUCUUCUGUUCUUCACGUGUUUAAGGAGACCAACUGUGAUCAGCUAGUCAUGUUUCGUUAACAUGUUAGUUGUUUUCUUUCACCCGCACACCCCAAACUGCUGAAACUCAGAUUGUUUUCUACUCUCAGAUUAUUUCCGUUCUCUCUCUUUCUGACCAGCUGAAUCGAUCUGAACGAAUUAAAGGUCUGCACUUGUAAUUGAAACAAACUGGUGAUCUUUUCCACCUUUAACCUUGUAGAUGCCCUGUUUGAUAUAACUUUGUUUUCUUAAUUUCUGCCCUUGAUUAAAUUAAUGUAUGGAACCAAUAAAAUAUGAAUUUUCACUUUAA